CGGCAACGGCGGAGCCUGGGUAACGUUCGCGAGCUGCGGCGGCGGGGGCGCGAUGGCCUCGGGCGGCGGGGGCCGGCGGCGGGAGCAGGCGUGGGGCCCGGGCAGCCCGUCCCCGGGCAGCCCGUCCCCCGCGCGGUCGCCUGGCCCGGGCCGCCUCUGCCGUCGGCGCCGCGGGCUGUGCGGGCUGUGCGGCUCGCCUGGCCGCCGGCAGCGGUGCGCGGGCCGGCGCCGGGAGCUGUGUCCGUGUCGGCAGCGGGGUGAGGGUCGGCCCCCCUCGGGGCCCCGUGUGCCGGGGCCGGCCCGGGCGGGGCUGCGGGGAGGUGCUGAGCGUCGUGUGUCUUGUCCCGUGGCAGAGCCCGCCUGCACGAGCGAGGACGAGGAGAGCGAGGAGGAGGACAGAGUGGACUUGGCGGAGAGCUCCUUGUUGAACAAGCUGAUCCACACGUCCCUCGUGGAGUCCAGACAUCACGUGGAGAUCCUGCAGAAGGACCCCAACUCGCCUCUCUUCUCCGUGAAAACCUUUGAGGAGCUGCCCCUGAAGAAGGAGCUCUUGCAGGGGGUCUACACCAUGGGCUUCAACAGGCCGUCCAAGAUCCAGGAGACGGCUCUGCCAAUGAUGCUGGCACAUCCGCCCCAAAAUCUGAUUGCACAGAGCCAGUCAGGGACAGGGAAAACGGCAGCUUUUGUGUUGGCGAUGUUGAGCAGAGUUAAUGGUGCAGAGAAGUACCCGCAGUGCCUCUGCUUGGCUCCAACCUACGAGCUGGCCCUGCAGAUCGGACAUGUGAUCGAGAAGAUGGGGCAGUUUUGUGCCGACAUCAGGGUUACGUACGCUGUCCAGGGAAACAGAGUUCUGCCAGGCGCCUUGCGGGAGGAGCAGAUUGUCAUCGGGACUCCUGGAACAAUGCUGGACUGGUGUUUCAAACGGAGAGUGGUGAAUAUGAAGAGAAUCAGCCUGUUUGUGCUGGAUGAAGCUGACGUAAUGAUUGACCAUCAGGGCUUCUCGUACCAAAGCAUUCGCAUUCAGAGGGCUUUACCUAGGGGCUGCCAAAUGCUGCUUUUCUCCACAACCUUCAAGGAAACAGUGUGGAAUUUUGCAAUGCAAAUUGUCUCCAACCCCAUCAUAAUAAAGCUCCGUCAGGAAGAGCUGACCCUGAACAAUAUCAGGCAGUACUACUUUGUGUGCAGGAACAGAGAGGAGAAGUACGAGGCCCUGUGCAACAUCUAUGGCAGCAUCACCAUUGGGCAGGCUAUGAUAUUCUGCCAGACUCGCAGGAGUGCGGACUGGCUGUCGGUGGAGAUGAGCAAGGAUGGGCACCAGGUCGCCGUGCUGACGGCAGAGCUGACCAUAGUGCAGAGGGCCAAUGUGAUUCAGAGAUUCCGCGAUGGGAAGGAGAAAGUCCUCAUCACCACAAACGUCUGUGCUAGAGGGAUUGAUGUGGCACAAGUCACCAUAGUGGUGAACUUCAGCCUCCCUGUUAAUCAGGAGAAGCAGCUGGAUUUUGAGACCUACCUGCACCGGAUUGGGCGAACGGGCCGCUUUGGGAAGAAGGGCAUUGUCUUCAACAUGGUGGAAAGGCAGACCACGUACCUCAUGCACAGUAUAGAGGAGCAUUUCCAAACCGAGAUCAAGAGGCUUGACCCAGAUGACAUGGAUGAGCUGGAACAGCUGGACAACUGAGCAAAAUGUCAGGAUUUGCUGCAGUGAAUCCAAGUUGUGGUUUAACAUGGAUGGGAAAAGGUUUGGGAAAUCUCCCAGUUUUCUUCAAAGUUCCUGAAGAUGCUUGGUUUUGUUGUGUUGUUUUACAAAAUGGGAAGAUGGGAGGGGAGCGGGGGGAGAGUAGGGGGAAAGACACACACAACCCUCAGCCCUCAAAGUUUUGGGAUUCUUGUGAUUGUUUUUCUGGUAAUAAAACUUCCUUGGUUUGUCUCUGAGUUUUUUAUA